CUUGUCCCAUCUCCCAAACUCUGGCCAAACCCUCCUUUGGACAGCAAGCAUUUCUUGCGCUCGACUGAUCUCCUCGUUGAACCAGGUCUCCUUCGCCCGUGUGGCUCUCGACCAUGCCUGCGCCGGGCUAUGUCUUUCGCGAUGGCGGUGCCACCCCUCCUCCAGAGGAGGAUCCCAACUCGGAAUUUCGCAAGCGUAUCACGGAUGCAACAAAGCCAAUUACAGCUACCGAAAAGGCUCCCCUCGGUCAGAACACCUCGACCAGUCACCAGUUGGCCACCGGAGAACACGAAAUCCUAGGUGCAGCCCAGAAGGCCGGUAAGGAGGACCGCAUCACUAAUCUAGGAUGGCAAGCCAACGCUGUAGGUGUAGAUACUCUGGUGGGCGGACUACCGAACGAUGACCUGUGGACCUUGAUCAGAAGAUUCAACAAGCAAAUGUACCAUGUCAAGAAGGUCCCCGUGGCUCCACCCGGAGGUCUGGAUUUGAACAUUGCCGACGAAGAUGACUUUUCUCCUGACAAGUUGCGAUCCAAUCUGGAGCGACUAUACAUGACCGUCAUUGUCGGUUUGAUCGGCUUCGGCAAGCACAUCGCACGCCUGAGAUCAUGGCGAGAACCACGACGCACCUCUGCAUUCGCCGUUACCUAUGCUCUAGCAUGGCUUUUCGACAUGAUCGUUCCUACAGUCCUCGCUACAAUCGUUAUCCUCAUUACCGUGCCCCAAUCACGUAACAUCCUCUUCCCUCCAGCGCCCUUGGCCCUCGUCAGCCAUAAGAGUGGUGGAAUACAGAAACCAAAGGCAGGUGUUUUGGGCAGUCACGACAGCGUCACUGGAGCCCCUGAGAAAUACAAAGGUGAAGCAGUUGAGCAAGAAGCCAGCAACAUGGUUUCAGGUUUGGCUUCAGUCGCCAUCUCCAGUGCCGCCGGUCAACACGACCAAGCUUCUCCAGAUGAAGAGGGCGGUAGCAAGACUCUGGAUGAAUCGGUCCCGGAUCCUACCAAGAUGGCUAAUGUCGCCGCUGACGCCUCUUCAUCUGCGGCAGGCGGAGAAGGUGAACACGACAAAACCAAACAACCGAUGGAGCAAGCUGUCUGGGCGCAGAUGCGACCUGCCAUGCAUAUCGUAGGCGAUAUUGCCGACGGCUGGGAGCGCUUCGCCAAUGCACUUUCUCCCACUCCUCCUUUCUCACCAAACAAGCGUUACCAACUCGGGGCCCUGUUUGCUCCUCUUCUAUUAAUCUCCCUCUUCGUCAAAUCUCAAUGGGUCAUGAAGACUUCGACUUUGAUUGGGGGUCUUGCCUUCUUCACAGAUCCUCUCAUGCAAGAAGGAAUCAAGUGGCUCAAUGAAAACGUCCCUGAUUGGCCCAAGUAUCUCGAGAUUCGCAAUACCCUACUGAAAGGUGUUCCAACCAACGCUCAGCUCACCGUUACUUUGUUGCGCAUUGGCGAAGCAAAUCGCGCCCCAAUUCCUCCUCCACCAGCUUCGCAUCUACCACCACCGGAUAAGCCCGCUGAUGUGGACAAGGAUGAGAUUACUGAUGCUGGGUUGGAUGCUUCCCACUCAGAGAUUGAAGAUGCAAUCACGCCCGAUACGCCCCCCAGCUCGGAAGACGCACCUCAAACUUCCACACCAAAGAAAAAGGGUGGUAUUGGUGCAAAGGUUCUUUCGGCCUUCAAACACACCACCGCCGGUGCAGUCGAGACAAAAUUAACGGCAGACUCAGCCAAAGCUGCCUUGGGGUCCACAAAUGCGAAGCAGAAACUCGGUGUCCUGCCGUCCAAGGCGGAACAGAAAACCCGGCCUGUCGAAGGUCCCACCGAGUUCAAGGCGAGAUGCAACGGGAAAAAGGGAGCGGUAUAUGUCGACAGCUCGGUGUCACCCGCGAGUGGUAAUCGGCCUGCCUCACCGUGCGUCUAUUUCACUCGCCAUUUGGAUCAGCAUGAAGCCGUCGAAACAAUGCCUGAAGAUCCACUUUGGGCCACAGCAAUCACCGACAUUGUUGAGGUCAAGAAGAUUGGCGGACUGGGAUGGAAAGGCAAAAUUGUGGUCGGCUGGGCAACAAGCCGACAAGUCAAGGAUGGCAUUGAGAUCAAGACUGUCGAUGGCAAGACUUACAGAGCGAUGGCUAUCGUACAAAGAGACGAGCUGUUUAAUCGUAUCAUCUCUAUGGGCCAGCAAGUGUGGGAGAGCUAUUGAUAUGCCUGGCAAGAAAAUUGUCGACGACAGACGACUUGUGACAACAGAAACUUGACAUGUAUUAUAUGAUUGAUAGUAAGAAAUGCGUCAUGUGAUGAGUAACUG